AUGGCCUCCGACUCCCUUCAGCCCCCGCCCAUCGCGUACAGUCCCGCCACGCCCGGAAAACUCGAAGAGGAUGAUAGCUCCCUUAGCGUCCGCUCCGAUGGCCAGGCGUCUCCCCCCGACGUGCUUGCGGUGCUCCCGGCUGGCCGCAAGGCCCUUCUCCUCUCCAUGUUCUGCUUUGCCCUUUUCCUUGACUCUUUCAACAAUUCCUCUCUUUUCGUCGCUAUACCCCCCAUCGCCGCACAGCUGGACAUUCCAAACAGCCAGAGUGUCUGGCUCCUCAGUUCAUACCAACUUACGUUCGCCGCCCUUCUCCUUAUCAGCGGGCGUGUCAGCGAUAUUUACAGUGCGAAAUGGGUGUUUGUCAUAGGCAUCGUAAUCAUGGGUGUAUUCUCCCUCGUCGGCGGCUUCAUGCGCCACGAAAUCCCGCUUAUUGUCUGCAGAGCACUGAUGGGUGCAGGUGCCGCGCUCACGAUUCCAUCUGCUCUACACCUCAUCGUGCACAUGUAUCCUGACCCAGCAGAACAGGCAAAGGCAAUCGCCAUGUUCGGCGGGAUGGGUGGUAUCGGCAUCGCACUGGGUCUCAUUAUUGGCGCAUUGCUGGUCACGUACACUUCCUGGCCUUGGGUAUUUUACUUCAGCGCCAUCAUAUCUGGAUUCAUCGCAUUUUGGAUCGUCCUUUUCGUCCCGAACUCACUUCGGCCUAGCGACGGGAUGCAUGCAGAAUCUCGCGUCUCCAAGAUGCUGAAAUUCAAGCGGCUCGAUCUUUUUGGCGUUGUUCUCUUCGCGGCGGUGCUCAUUCUUUUCAUUUUCGCUGUCACUUCGGGGGCCAACGACGGAUGGAAGUCCGCCCGAGUAAUUGCGCCUCUUAUAAUCUCCGCGGUUCUCUUCGCUUUCUUCUUCAUUUGGGAAUCGAGGCUUCCGGAAGACUAUGCCGCGCUACUUCUGCACAGCCCGCCGAAGAUGUGGAAAUACGAAAACUUCACGAUUCUCAUCGCCAUUUCCGUGGUUCCCUGUAUGUGGUGGGCAGCCAUCAUGCUACUCUUCUCGUGGUACUGGGAGACCGUCUACGGCUGGUCUGCGAUUAUUACCGCGUUGCAUUUCCUGCCUAUAGCCCUCGGAAUCUUCCCCGCAGUCCCCGUCGCAGCGACGCUGCAGUCUAAGAUGCGGCUGAAAUGGGUUCUCCUCAUCGGCUUUGUGCUCAUCACCGCCGGUACAAUACUACUCCCCUUCGCCAACUCUAAAGAGCACUACUGGCCGCUCGCGUUCCCUGGCUUUCUCAUCGGAACCGCUGGCGCUGCGAUGCUCUAUGCGACGCUCAACAUCGCUGUGCUCGCGAUCACGCCCCCGGCCGUAUCUGGGAUCGUUUCCGCCGUAUUUAACUCGGCGCUGCAGACUGGCGUCGCGACCGGAGUCGCGAUUGUUACGUCCAUCCAAACGAGCGUGCAGAUUUCGCAUGGCGGUCCCGAGGCGUUCACCGGGAGAGCAGCGGGCCUGUGGUUCCUCGUCGCGUUCAUUGGCACGAUGAUGCUCUUGUUCCUCGUGCUCAUGAAGGACACGAUUGGCCCAGUCGAUCCGAACGCGCCUCCGGGCACUGCUAAUGCGUCCGAUUCAGGGAAGGCGAGAGACAGUCGGUAG